AUGCAAACAAGUGUUCCUUCAGAGUUAAAUAAGUCUUCCAACAACAAUAGCGCCAGUGCUGCUACUACGGCAACCGCAACAGCAGCGCCUCGUCGUAGAAGAAGACGUCCUAGAAAUAGAAGAAAGCAAAAAUCAGCUGCUACUACUGCUCCCUCAGCAAACACAACAGCACAACACCAUCAAGCACCAGCAGAAGAUCUCGAAGAGACUUUCCAGGAAAAGACGCUCAAUUUGGCCGACCUGUCGAGUGAGGCGCAUGCUUUGGAGAAACAGCUUGCUGAAUUGCAGACACAGUUAAAGAUCAAUUAUGCCAACAUGCCCGGUAAAGAGCAGGGUCGUAUUGCCAGCGCUAUUGCAGCAGAACAAAUCGCGGCAACAGAGGAGGAAAUUGUGUACGUACGACACAGCCUGAAAAAGACCUACCGUCAGAUAUUCUCCACCGACCUCAUGUAUGCGACAACACACCAUAUUGAAGACAAAUUAUGGCGCUACAUAUUUUACGCAGGCAUCGAAGACAUGCGUGGCAAGUUGCGCAAGGUGAAGCCCGAAGACGUAGACAAGAACAUUGCUCUUCAAAAGGCUUUGUUUCAUCGCAUUGAUGCCGCAUUCAAAUUUUAUCGCGAACUCAACAACACAGUGAAGGCUUCCUAUCACAUUGAUACCAAGGUACUGGGCAUUGAUUUGGUCCAUCAGAAAGCAGCCAGCGACGAUGAGAGGAUGGGAAUACUGCUGCAAUCCAACUACAUCUGUAUGGGUGAUUUGGCGCGUUACCAUGCUCAGCAGGCCAUGGCAUCCAAGAGCGUAAAAAAAACCAUGGAUUAUUGGGCACUGUCAAAGUCGUGUUAUUUGAAGGCUAUUGAUGUGUAUCGGAAGAAUGGCAAGCCCUAUUCUCAACUGGCUCUUGUGUCCAUGUCGAAUGGAAAUGCAAUGGAUGUUGUCUGGUACUAUUGCAUGAGCUUGGCUGUGAAGCACCCCUCUAGUGUCGGCAGAGACAAUCUAAAGUCAUUCUACUCAAAGAUUCGGUUCAGCACCAAGCCAAAAGACGACAGUUUGGCAAGCAUGAUAUCGCAUUUUGUAGAGUCCUUUUUGCACAUGCACCGCACGGUCAUGUUCAAUCAGAAAGACAGCGACGAAUUCGCCUCGACGCUCACUGUCGCUGCUCAACUGGGCACCGCAUUGUCUACGCUCAUACUCACCGCCAUUGAAGAACAGGAGGAUCAAGAAGCUGUUGCGUUGUCAAAGUCAUUGCUGUCCAUGCUGCACAUCAUGCGUACCACGUUAACGCGCAGUGUCACCAUUUUGAUGAUCUCUGUGUGGAUAGCAGGCGAGAGGCUGCGAGACAAGGCCAACUACAAUGUUCGCUCCAUUAUUCUAUCGUCUCAGAUAUACAUGUAUAUCUUUGCUUUCCAGUUACUUACAGGUGUUUAUCGAUCCUCACGCCAGGCAUUGGAGCAAGCUAAAGAAGCCCUCGUCCCUGACAAGUUCUGCCAGCUGGAAACCAUGGUGGAAGAAGCCUUACUUCCUGGACUGAGUAUCUGGUCCACUUUUCUCUAUACCAACACCACGCCUAUCGCCCAAUACUGCAUGACCGCUGCCAACGAUGUGAGAAACAGAGAGCCCGAGAAAAAGACGCUUGUCAAAUCCAUUCAAUCCUUCUUGUCGCUGCUCAUUAGCCAUCCUGCCUUUCCUGAUCCCGUACUGAAUGUGCUCCCACCUACUUAUCCCAUGUCUGAAGACCUCGUGCUGCUUGGUAUUGUGCCUCUGUUCUCUUUCCACAGCCAUGUUGACUUUUUUAAAGAAACCGCCUACCAAGUGGACGAUACAAAAAGCCCAGAAGCACGCAAGCAAGUGCGCUGGGGCCGUGUGCGCGACAUGAUCAAAAAGAUGGCUGAUUCCAACUCAUUUGACUUUAUUCAAUAUAAUCAGAACGAGCAAAAGUACAGCGUCAUUGAUGAAAAUGCCAAGCGUCAGCAGCAGGGUCGAUUCAUGAAAGCAUUGGCAACACAACGUCUAAUGGAGCAGGUGUCGUCUCUGGAGAAGAAUGUGAACCGCAUGGCAUUGAGCAAGCGUACAAAGAGUAACAGCAGCAACAAUGGUGAAGACGCUGCUGAUCCACUUGUCAAGCGAGACGUUUACACAUGUGUCAUUGAUGCCACUGCAUUCCUGGAUGGUUUGAGCAAGGUCAAGAGAUGGGCCAGUCAAACGCUCAAUGUGAAUCGUCGUUCUCAGGGCAGUAUUCUGGAGGUUGUUGUGCCUUUGGAGGUCAUUGAUGUCCUGGAUGAAUACAAAAAGGGUACUUCGCAUCUCAACAUGCAGGCACGCGAGUCGAUUCGUUUCCUGGAUCAAAAAUUGCUUGAGAGCAAUAACAAGACGGAGGCACCUACAUCGUCUUUCCUCAGAACGCAAAAGGUUACCGAGAAACUGGCUGAUUGGGGCGAAGCCAAGGCUUUCUGGAUUGGCGAAGAGAGCAGAUCCAAUGUCGUAGAUCAUCUUAUUUCUGAUGGAGAGGAGGAAGAAGACCAAGCCAUGGACUCGGAUGUGGAAAUCGAAUCUGACGUAGAAUCCACCAGCAGUUCCAAUGAAGAUUUGUUCAAGCCAAGAAGACGAGCUACUGAUGAUGAUGACAAUACCGAGUCUGAAUCAGAAAUGGAGACAGAUUCAGCAGAGGACAGUUCAGCAUCUGAAGACGAAGGCGAAGCAGAGGAAGAAUACGAGGAGGAUGAAGAUGAAAAUGUGCCUUACACUUUGGAAGAUGUACCCAAAUCCUACCGACCCAUUCUCAGCUGUCUCCUGUAUUAUCACAGCAAACAACAAGCAAGACAAGACGGUCAGCCAGAACGCCUUGUCCUCGUUACCAACGACGAAGAUCUAGCUUGGUGGGCUGAACUCUUUGGUGAUCCUACAGCUCGCAAACGACUGCUGAUUAAAACUGUCAAUGAGUGGGAUCAAAUGAUCAGCAAACUGGAUUUCGAAAAGGUCUAUGAAUACUCGUGGAACCAAAAUCGCUAA